UAUGUCACUGAGGGAGACAUCAUCACCGGAUAUCUGGCCAAAUUACAUCUUAAUGUAUCGGAAGAAGAUGAGUCUAGUUCUCAAACUACAAGGUAAAAGCAAGCUUAUCCUUCUUUUUCAGUAUAAUUAGUAGUAUCGUGAAGAUUACUAAUUAUACUGUCUAGGCUGUUCUGAUCGAAAUAAAUACUGUGUCCAAAACACUUUUUCCUUUUUCUUUCUUUUGCAGGGAAUACUUCUUGUCCAACAAGAUCCUUUCAGAUCAUAAACUUAUCGUCUCUGCCCUGAAGAGUGAUGGCAUUUGGACGCAUCCUUUCAAUCCUCAGGAUCCGUAUUUACCUCCGUACAUUUACAGAAUGUGCAGAGAGUACAUGAAAAGGCCUCGGGAGGAACGUCGAAAAAUGACGCCGGUAAAAGUAAGUUCAUCACGUGCAACAUUUCCUUUUUUUUAUGCCGAGUGUAAUGCCCUAUUCAUAUAAUCACUAACAUUAAUACAGUGAAACCCCGCCUUACGGCCACCUCAUACGGCCACUUUUUUGGCCGCCUGGAAAAAAACUGCCAUACAUUUUCUUGUAAAAAAAAAAACGGAAUUACGGCCAGAUUGUUUUCGGCCCAUUGGUGACCGUAUUAACGGGGUUCCACUGUACCAUAUUUUGGUCGACCGAUGGCCCCCAUGGGAAUUUCGUAGCUUGAUCAUUGGUACAUCGUCUAAAAUAACUUUCAAGACUGAAUCGCAGCCGUUCGCCUUAUCUCAUUUGGUUCCAUCAGACCCAUUAGAUGAUAUUUUGAAUAUUUCGGUAAAGUUCCGCGUUUCACUUGGACUUAUUGUUUCUAAAAUCAUGAAGUGUUAUGUUGAUACCACGCAAAAGGAAAAAGUCAAUUUUUAAACAUAUCUGCGGUCUGGUAAAAUAUAGGCGGUGUUGUCAUCGAAUUCCACUAUCGAAAUAGCAAGACCUUCUGAUGUGUUGUCUUCCAGUUCAAGGUCACCGAGAAAGAAAUGUUUGUAGAACUUUUCAUCCCCGUAGCAUUUUUUUUCAUUUUGACAAAUAACAGCAUUGCAUUUCCGAAUUAUCACGUGCGUGACAAGAAUUGUUAUCCAAUAAACUUUGAAUAGGGAGCCCACACAAUAUGUGUUUGUAACCGAUUGUUAUUUUAUAGUAUUGAAAUGUACUUGAUUUACCGUUUGCUUAUAGAUCUAUAUAGAUCAAUGUUACAUAAACGGUGAAGUACGUUACCUGUGGUAUAUUGUCCUCCUUUUGCCUCAAAUGCGGUUUUUUGAGCGAUAUCGAAGGAUGUUUAUUUAACAUUGAUUUAUCCACAUGCGUAGCGAUAUAUCGCUGUAGGUGAAGCUAGCCUGCGUGGCCGGCGUUUGAAAGGGAAGGGAAAGGGAGGUUUGGGCGCCCCUAGCGUUUCUCUCGCGCCUAAGACUCCCUUUCCCCAAACUCCCUUUCCCUUCCCUUUCAAAACGCCGGCCACGCAGGCUAUAGGUGAAGCAAACGGUAAGUCCAGUACAUUUACUGUAAAAUAUCACAAUCUGUUACACACACACAGAUUGUGUGGUCGCCCGUUUAUUUUUGUGAUUUUAUAUAAAGUCGAUGUACGUAGAAGUAUCCGUUUAAGUUUAUCAUUGAUAACAUUAGUUUUCAGAGGCCAGAAAUGUUAUUUUGAAAUAGAUGCACUAUCUCUUUAUUUUGAAGAUGUUAAGUUUACCGUCAGCAACAACAAACAUAUCGGAAGUUUCUCGACUAGGAAUCAGAGUACAUCACAUUCUAAACAAAGCUAGAGAAGUCGCAACGUUACGUAGCUUUACGUCAAAACCGAACGCUUAGUAAAACAAUAAGUUGUUUAUGGUUACCUGGGUUUGCCCAAUCUUCAUAUGAGUCGUUUUGGAAAGGAUUACUCAUUUGAAUCCAAUCAAAAAUGUGUUCGUCUGUCGCCAACUAAUCUGAGACGGUAACUUCUCAAAUUAACAUGAGUCCGCUUUUUCCCUUAAAAUUCCGUCUAGUUCGUAUCAGCCAGCCGGAUUGCAAACCACGCUCGUCGCUCACACUGUGCUUGGGUGUUUUCACACAGCCAUUGCAUACUGGUAAUACUAACCGUCUCUUAUCGGAUUACGUUAGAAUGACAUAACAAAUCCCUUUCAAAACGACCAGGAGGGUACUCCCCUAUGCUAAGACUACUCUAAGUCUCUUCAUUUCUGCAUCUUUCGUUAGGUCAGGGGCACCCUUCGGGUCACCCAACGACUAUCUAUAACAGGUUUUGAUAUCUGUUCUCUUCAUCCAUAUAAUUUUUUUAAAAAUUGCGUUCCCAAAAUUUGCCUUAUAUAUAGCCAAAAAUGCAUCUCCCUGAUCCAUCCAUCUCCCUGAUCAGUCUUCAUACAUCGAACUAUCGAUCUAUUUUACGUUCAUGUUCUCUCGAACUAGAUCGUGGGAAAACAGAAAGACAGCGAUGUGUGGGUUUUUAACAGUAAUGUGCAAGUUAAUAGUCAAGGAACGCUAAUUCCUCCAAGUGAUCGACAAUUUGUCAUCCUCGAUGACGAGAAGAUACUAGAUGUUCCCAAUUUGACUGGUGAGUAACGCAGAUCACACCUCUGAGAGGGGAUAUCGUUACGUCACGUUGCCGUGAUAGCAGAAUUUUUGGAUGACAACAAACCGAAAACGUUCACUGAUCUUAUUCUCUAGGGUUGACUCCGAAAGUACCGCAUCUGAAUGUAGAAAAAGGAAAAUAAUUUUUUUUUUGCGCAGUGUUCAACAAUUCCAUAGAGCGGGUGAUCCAUGUCGGCAACGUGACGACACGCUUCUUCUCUCUAUUGACAACAAACUUCUCCCGGAUAGGCAAAGACAAUUAUUACAUCUUACUGGCACUAAAAAAAAAAACAGUACCUCACGAUUUGGACACAUUCAAAAUGUUUCGUCUGCCAAAAAUCCCUCUUCACCAGUGUAAACUACUUUACUCAAAUUUCUUCGCAACCCUUUCAUGGCUAGUCACCUUUCUUUACUAAUUUGUAUGGUCCUGCAUGAAUGGAUUAUUGCAGAUGUUGACGAUGGAACUGCAUUAAAAAAUUUGGUAUGUGCCCUUAAGGACCUGACGAGCAAUAAUUUUGGACAGGCGGUUCUUACACUUGGUUGUGUCGGUAUGGGGGCAAAUUUCGAGACUAUCCAGUCCAUCCUAGGUGGAUGUGCCAUGGGAGUCCUAUAUGGACAUCCCAUGUCGGGUAAAACUACAGUCCUCAAAGCAGCAUUGUCAGUAAUUGGACAAAACGACGUCAUUCAGCGUAAGUGAUUUCUUUCUUUCUUAUCAUUAGUGUCUGAGACAUGCUUAACCACUGGUCUUUAUUACAGAGAAAUCACCCGCUUUUUCAAGCAAAGGGAGGAUCGUCCUCGGUUAUGUCUAAAAAAAAGCGUACCCCUGGGAUGGGAAGGCAUUUUUGGAAGUUUAGUCUUGUAUGUGUAUGGGGGUAGCACCUGGUAUUCACCUGAGCUAUAAAUUACCUCAGAAUAGACUAAACUGGGGUAGGGUAUCUGAGACCCCAAGCCCCCCAGGGGCAACCAGUGACACUGCUUGCACUUUUCGAGCACAAUGCAAAUGCCAAUGCCAACAUACCAAAUAAAAAAAUGCUUUGGAAAUACCUAGAGAUGGAUUACAAUCGUCGGUGUUCGAUGUAAUGAUCAUUUCGGCAUUAUUCACUGUACAGAACUGAAAAAAUAGAACGUUGUGCGCGUGUACUAGCUGAAAUGGUAAGCUUAUAUCUGAUUUAUAUAGAUAUAUUCUUAACUACCAACAUUUCCAUAAUAAUUCCUAGGGACAACGUUUAAAGGAAUUAUGGAAUUGUUGUCGAAGACAACACUUCCAAUCGGGUGGGACGACCCGGAGAAGCAUGCGGAGAUGAAAGAGGUGUCAGUGGCCGUGUUCAAUAAGGUAAUUGUUUAUUUUUAAUGUCCAUUUCUGCGUUGAGUUUGUUUUAUUAUGGUCGAUUGAUCUAACAUUGUUAUGUUAAAGUUCUUUUUAUUUUAUUUUUUUUAAAUUUUAAUUAUUUACCUGGUUAUAGGGUGCUGAUACGACUGUCAGGGGACGUUCAAGGCCCAGGACAAUCCCAAUAAUAACUACGAAUCAAGACACAAACGAGCUGAAGUAAGUAGCAAUAAUAAGUACUCUAAAAUAAAAGAAUGCCGAAAAGAGAGUGCGACUCUUCCGGUUUUGAGGAUACUUAGUGCGAAAGUGUAAUUUCCAACAUAGCAAACCCUUGAUAUGCGGGCAAACAAUCCGAUGAUUUUAAAAAAAGCGAUUUCGAUCUGCUUAUGGAUAGAUUUUCACGGGGAUCAAUUACAUACAAGGACAGUACAGUUAAAGGGUAUAUAAAUAUAUUUUAAGGCACAUUGUUAGUUGAUUGCCGGAAUAUAUAGCGUUGCUUACUUGUGUACACUUUGCUAGAGUGCACUAACAGCUUCUUUGUGGUGUUUCAACAGAGUACUUUCAAGAUGGAUACGAAUCCCAUUUGAACGCCCUUCGCCAUCGUACAGCGGCAAGGAGUUGCGAGGAAAAGAAAAGAAACUAAUGGAGGCCACAGCAAAGUCAUCUCGUAGCAUAUGGGUGUUAACGGCCUAUCUAAACAAAGAAUUCGAGGGUGCUUUGGACGAUGAAGAGUUUGACCAGAUCACGAAAACCUUAGAAGAGUACAUAGACCAAGAGGGUCCGGAAAACUGCUGUGUGGAUCAACGAGCAUUGGAUAUGUACUCCAUUCUGAUGUUGUCUUGUUCAAAGGUAAUUUUGGGACGAUAUUUAGAUAAUUCAAACAAUAUCGUCUAAAGCGGUUUUAAUGAUAUUUCCUGUCAAGGAGCACCAAACCAGAUACAGAAGACAAGUUGUUCAAAUGGUUUUGACUAGCCUGCGAAUACAGAUGUCCUUCUUUGCUCCUCGCCGCUAGGGACGUCUCGAAACACCCCUAGCGGCGAGAAGCAAGGAAACACCUGUGUUCACAGGUUGAGGUUUUGACGAGUGAAAGUGUAAAAUUUAAUGUCAAGUUCAAUAUAAAGUUUUGACCUUUAUUGGAAAAAACGAGCGAAAGAAAGAUUGUAUCUCUAGUUGUAAUUAACUUUUUGGGGUGAGACGUACAGGGUAUUGUAGUUUUCCAUCAUCUUAAAAGCGUGCUUUUCUAGUCUAGCUGGAUCGCGAUGUAUUUCAACACUAUCUAAUAGCUCUUAAGUCAACCUUGUCAAGACAUACCUUUAAAGUAAAUUGACGCUAAUUUGUCUUCAUUGCCAUGGUAAUAAAUAUUCUAAACAAUCGAAAAGUGCUAAUAAUCGGAUGCGCUCGUUCACAACUCUCCCUAUAUCGCCGAAUUUACACAAGUGAGCCUGCUCACUGGGUAGCUGUUAAGCAAAACUUCGAUUUCUGAUUAACCGCAACGAUUCGUGGUUUAACACCUUGCACGUGUUACUUGAAUAAUGUACAUUUUCUUUGUCAGAUUCUCCAAAAAAUCAAAUUGGAAGAGGAAAUGACAACUGUGUGGCAGUGCCUCAAGAAUGUGGUACUGCCGGGAUAUUCUUCUACGAGGGAUAAGUCUACAUCGAGAACGAAGACCAAAGGUGCUGGCGGGUCCGUUGCCAAAACAGAAGAAGUGGGGCUUGCUAUCAAAGAAGCCAUAAAGCAAAUGGCGUCCCGAGGAGAAGUACGAAAGGUAAUAGGGACGCUUAAAGCUUGUCAAUUACUGUCAAAUAUUUUUAAUAAAGGGAUUGCUCUUUUCCUUAAGUUAAGAUGUUUUUUUUUUUAUUCUUAGUAAGUUGAUAAGGGAGUUCGGAGUCGAAACUCUUGGUGGUAGAAAAACACGUAACGGUAAUUGUAGUAAUUCAACAUAUUUGACCAUCAUUACAAUGCAUAGGCAAUUUCAUUUUUUAGCAAGCCAGUUCUAGUGAAAGACUUAACUCAAACAAAAAAGGGCUCAGUGAAAAAAAAGAACAACGUUAUUGGCUGUGAGAGAAAAGUUUUUUCCAUUGUGUAAAUUACAAUUAUAGACAUAUGUUCACCAGUCACAAAAACGGUAAAGAAGAUAUAGACGUGGGCGACUGAUAUUUUAUUCCCUGUAUUUAAUUAAUUUCAGUUAUGUGGAACGUUCAUCAUACCGAAGAUAAAGCCGUCUGGUUGUUCUUGUGGAGAGUCUAUAGCUGUUUCGUCCAACGACCUAGCAGCUUACAUUGCCAAGAACCAGCCCCAAAUGACUACAGUGACUGGUGCAGCCAUUCGAAAUUGCAUAUUCCAUUCACUGAAAGGUUGCAAUGGGAAACAGGUAACCUUCGCAAAUGGGAAAAGGAACGCCUCCCAUUUUUCAAGGUCUUUUUUUGAUGUUGACGUUCUUUCAAAGUUAGAUGAAGGUAAUAAU